GAGCCGAUAAAUAAUAACGCGUAGAGAUGUUACGUGACGUAUAAAUUAUUACAGACGUACUGUUAAAUACUUCCACAAAGAAAAGGGUCCACAACUAUACGGAAAAGCCUGUCUCAGCCGAGGCAAUACUGAGAGCCAAACGGUCGCCGUGGAGAUCAGAGUAAGCAAUAGGCAUGCAGGUGUGCACACUACGUUAACGGAAAGGAACAAAGCACCAAUUGCUUAACGUCGCUUUCAGAGUUUCUCUGUUUCCAUAAACGCUGACGCUAUUCGCAUGGGAAUUCUUUACAGAAGUUUCCAUCCGCCGCCUCCACCAUUAUCAUGAUCACAAUUACCCCCGCCUACCCCUAUUAUCGGCUCAUAAGAAUUGCCAUGGUGCGCGUUGUUGGCGGAUAAAUACGCAGUGCAUACAUUAUGGAUACCGGUGGUGAUCAAGAAUCUACGUGUCUUUAAACAUCACAAAUGGACCCGUCGAAGCAGAACGGUGUCUUUACAGCAUAGGACUGUGUUAUUGUGAAGCGUUUAAAGGUUGCUCGAAACGAAAUGCUGCUCCGACUGCCGUAUGGACAUUUCUGAAAAUGCCAACCGUAUGAAAUGUGUGUGCACGGCCAAUUUAUAACCGCCGGUUUCUUGAUGAUCAGAAACGACGACCUCAGAGAUGAUAGGAAAAGGUCAUGCUGUCUAGGCAUUUUGUACCUACUUCUUCCUAGACGCUGUGCAGCGUUCCAGAAAAAAUUGACUGUUCGAACGAUUGUGCUAAUGUCAGUAUGCCGAGCUCUGAUUGAAAGUACUAGAGCUGGUAAUAAGUAGAAAAUGACCGGAAUCGUACCCAUAUAAGGACUGUUAUUUGUUUUGAUUAAAACUUGUUACGAAUUGAUAGGUGAACACUUCAAUCGUUCAUUGGGAAGCAAUUUGGUCAUCGUUGUCACAAACUGAAGGGCUCUGUUAGAUACGUCGAUUUACAAUUGCCUACAUUAGAUGGAUUCGUACGGUCUUGUAGAUAUGUGCGUAUCGUUAUGACGAGCGUGGUUGAUAAAAAAGGAAGAAGAGUACCAAUUCAGUAUAUCAUAAUUAGCAUUGCAUCAUUCUAAUAUAUUGUCCGUCCAGGGCGAUAGUUGUGGCCUUAUAAAAGUUACCUAUUAGUGUCUACCGACCUCAGAUGGUGAUUCUGCAUGUUUGAUAGCUAUAGGCGGUCCAUGUUCGAUUUAGAGGUGUAUAUUGUUACCGAACACAAAUUGCAUAUCGUAAACUAUAGUUUAAGUAUAACUUUGUUCUGUUAUUGUUGAUCCACAACCUCACUUAUAUAUAAGAUACUAACGCAGAAUAUCCAUUCCAAAAGCAAGCUGAGUGUCCUCGCUCGCGUCAUAAGUAUUGCUUUUUCUAUGCAUGACACUAGGGCAGCAGUCAAAAAGAUCUGUUCACCAAACAUUUACUUUUAGUGUUCGAGAUUGACGAUCAGCUACCAAUAUUAACAUCUAUUAUCUGCUAUAUAUACAUUUUUGCAUGGAAUAUACUGUAUGGUUAGCCGGAUGACGUAAAUAAAAUUUAACGGAAACUUCACUAGGGCUUGAGCUCAUUUUGCAGCGCAGCUGGAUUACCUCUUUGAACUUUGACACUGCACCUGAUGACCAAACGAGAAGUGUCAAUAUAAAAUAAUGUACAACAAUAGCCGCUAUUAUUAUUAUAAUCUGAAGACCUACGCAGCAUCGAAAAGACAGUUCACCGUUUGAUACACAUAAUAAAAUGCUUAUAUUUAUAAACCUUCUGUGCGCCGAAAUUUGAAGUCACCGUUGUAGGUACGAUAAAAAAAAAUUAGAGACUUCUUACGAGCACGUUCUUACUGCUUUUGCAGUGGCGGUUAGGUUCCUCAGGAAACAUUCUGACCGCUCAAAACCUCCUCCGUUUUUCUUACAUGUUGCAUUAAUUAACUAUGUCAUGAUCAUAAAUAACAUUAAGGGAGGUGGUGCUGCAAUGGAUUUGUUUUCGUCAAAAAAUUACUGGACAACCCAACACGUGCCGGCUGUUAUUAGCCCCGCUAGCUCUAUCUGAACGUAACGUUACUUCGGUCCUGGUUAACGAAUUUCAUUUGUUUUCUCAUUUCCAGUUCGAGAUCGCUCCAAACUAUCAUGCUAUCUCAACGCUUUAAGGCACUUCUGGUGCUUUUCAAUAUUUCGGCCGUAUCUAUUUUGUUUCAUAUUAGUAGUAUUGUUGAUCUACCGGAAGAAACGCUUGUUUUGUUUGCCGUUGGUAACAGUUCCGCUAAAGCAAAUAAUAAAAUCACCUUCGUAGCACGGCCAACGGAGAUCGGCGUCAAGAGUUACUUUGAACGUGAAAAUGUCAGACGCCGCAAAUUGCAUCGAGUCAUUGAUCAACCUAUAGAACCUUUUAGUUUAAACACUUCGAAAUGCUUCGUGCCCACAUUCGACCCAUUUGAUUCCGCCGUGGCAAACUAUUUCGAAAAACCGAUAACUGAGUGCCCUGAAGAUGCGGUGCCAUUGCUAUUUACGACGCAGAUAGUCCACAAUCAAACUUGUCCCGUUCUGAACGACGACAUGGUGGUUAAACAGUCGCCGAAACUCGACAUUAGCUCAUUACAGUGCUCGUACCGGGAGCCUAUUCGCGAUGAGCAUUCCGCUAGACCCGACGUGUCGUUCGAUAUGUCGAUGCCGAAACCAUAUCGUCUGGGGUCGUGCACGCCAGAAGAAUAUAUCUGGAUCUCGUGUAGGGAUACCCAGCACGAUCGAACGUACGAGCAACCGCUGCUGCUUCCAAAAGCUCGUCCUGAUCGCGUGCGUUCGGGCGACAAUCAGGUAUUUAAUGUUUUGGUACUUGGCAUAGACGCGUUGUCUCGACUCAAUUUUCUACGGCAAAUGAGGAAAACGCGCCACUGGCUAGAGAAUCGUGUUGGUGUUGUGGAGAUGUUCGGCUAUAAUAAAAUUGGCGAAAAUUCUGCACCGAAUCAGAUUCCGAUGAUAACCGGUGUAAGCUACAUUCCCGGGCUCAUGGACCGUGCGAUCGGAAACUACUUUGACAAUCUGACCGAAUAUAUCUGGGACUACUAUAAGAAACAGGGGUUCAGCACGAUGUUCUUUGAAGAACAGUGGCAAACGGGCCUCUUUAUUCAUCCCUCAAUGCAGGGCUUUCGUAAAGUACCCACAGACUAUUAUCCACGGGCGUUGAUGCAGCACAUCGAUAGGAGCGAUCUAAAAGAACAGAAAGGGAAAAAGCUUUGCAUCGGUGAUCAGUUUGCCGAAAGAAUCUACCUGCAGUAUCUCAUUGACUCCCUUCACAUAGCGAAACGUAGUAAUCCCUUAUUUGCGUAUGCCUGGUUUUCAGAACUUUCACAUGAUCACCUUAAUGGCGCCCGUCGAGCAGAUAACGAUUUUUUUCAGUUUUUCGAACGUCUUGAACAAACAGGUCUUCUGAAUAAUACUGUUAUUUUGUUCCUCUCUGACCACGGUUCACGCCUCGAAAUGUGGCGAGGUACCACGGUCGGCCGGUACGAAGACAUGAUGCCUUAUUUCUAUACUAUACUACCGCCAAAGCUAAUAGAACUGAGGCCUGAUAUAAUCGACAACCUGGUAGUAAACUCACGCCGCUUGAUUACCGUGUAUGAUAUACACGCCACUCUGCGGGAGCUGGCCACAUCGUGGGCCAUGAACGGCGAUACGGAGCAAGGCCACGGUUUGAGCCUUAUAUCGCGAGAGAUUCCUGAGAGCCGAAGUUGCCUUGAUGCAGGCAUUAAUCUUCAGUUUUGUUCAUGCUUGCGGGCAGUGCGGAUGGCCACUUUUGGACCAGUGGCCAAGAAAUUUGCAGACUUUGUUAUUCGCACUGCAAACAAGGAGCUGGUCAAAAAUAACGUAACGAACCUUUGCCGUACCUGGACAUUCCAGCGAAUUUAUGAUGUCUUCGAACUAGAGGACCCCGAUAAGCAGUUUCAAAUUUACAAGAUCCUCUUAUACGCACACCCAAAGACGGCGACGUUUGAAGCUUCAGCAAAGUACAAAGAUGGCAAGUUUGAGCUGCUCUCAAGAAUUGAACGCCUAGAUUGGUACAGCUCGAACGCUAAUUGUGUUAAGGGCAAAGAUUACGCUAAAUACUGUUACUGUAAAAACUAUAGCUAAUUUGCACUAGGGGGUACCGGUUACAAAUGACGUAUAUACAGCCAAUAGCUGGCUGUUAAAGGGUAAAAGCAGUCGUUCAAAGAUUGCUCUGAUACUUAAAAAACGUACUUUUAUAUCAUAUUGACUUGAAAAAUCAUCAAAUUUCGUCAUGAUGAUUAACAUGUAAAGACCAUUGUGGAAUAGCUAGCUGGUCGCCGUAGCUGCGAACAAAGACGCUGCAAAUCCUUCACAGCCGUCGUAGAGACGGGUGGAGAUCUGAGUUUCAGCUAGAAUUACGUCGCUGAUUUUUACCUACUACACGAUGAAUUUUCUUUAUAUGGCUCGUUUUUCCACAGCAAAGAUACUUUGCACAGGGCAGUGGCGCGUGCGCUAGCGCUAAGAAGAUUCAGUGCUAUAAAAAGACCACCAGCGGUGGCUUUCAUUAAAAUGUCAAAUAAUGUAUAAACUAGUUAGAAAAAAUGCACACUCUAUAUACUUUUAUGUGUAACGAAUUCGUAGCUCAUAAACCUAACCCGGGGGUUUUUAGCUGCUGAAUUAGCUUGUUAUAACCUUAGCAAAGGAUAAUUGUUUUCAAGAUACCAGCUUUAUAGCGGUUUUCGUUUGUUUCUACAUUAUGCUUUAUAACUGCGAUUCAAGUUAUAGGAUUAAUUAGUUAUUUGUUACGUAAGGGCAAACACUUGGUGUACUUCGAAGAGUAUGUAUCUAUACAUAAAAACCGA